AUGGUCGGUGUAUGUUUUUUACGAACAACUACGUUCUUCAAUAUUGCACGAUCUACUUCCUUUAGAACGUUGACAACCAUGGUUAACCCAAAAUGCUUCUUUGAGGUUGCUGCUGGCGGAAAGCAUUUAGGUCGUAUUGAAUUUGAACUUAGAGCCGACGUUGUACCCCUUACAGCUGAAAAUUUUAAAGCUUUAUGUUCUGGAGAAAAAGGGUAUGGAUAUAAAGGUUCCAAAUUUCAUCGUGUUAUUCCCCAAUUUAUGCUUCAAGGCGGUGAUUUCACCAAAGGGGACGGUACCGGUGGAAAGUCCAUCUACGGUACCCUUUCUAUGGCUAAUUCUGGUGCAAACACCAAUGGCUCCCAAUUCUUUAUUUGCACAGUUAAGACUUCUUGGUUAGAUGGCAAACAUGUUGUGUUUGGAACAGUUUCUAAAGGCAUGGAUGUAGUCUAUGAGAUAGAAAAAUUGGGUUCAUCCAAUGGACAACCAUCCAAAGAUAUUGUAAUUGUUGACUGUGGUCAAAUCAAUGAAUAA